AAAAAAAAAAAGACUGCGCGCAAGGUAAGGAGCGGGAGACUGAGGCAGGAAGGUUGGAGCUGGCCAGGGGCCACCCGCCAAAUGUCACCCGGGGGUGCGCGUGGGCGGGGGCAAAGCUUCAGCGCUUGGCUGGCGGUUGGUCCUGCGCUGGCGGUUGGCCCUGCUCGCGGCUAGCAGGACCCCCUAGGUCUCGAGGGACGGAUUCUAAACCACUGCACGUUGCCCAGGAGACCCCAGUGAUGGCACUGUGGACUCGCCUGUAUGGCCGCGUCCUGGAAAGCUCUAGGAUGUGUGAGGUGAUGCCCACCAUCAGUGAAGAAGGCCCUUCAGGAGGAAGUGAAAACCAUGGAUCUGGCUGCCCUUCACAACCAGAUGCAGAUUCCCAUUUUGAACAGCACAUGAUGUCCAUGCUAGAAGAAACAGACAUUGCUCAGAGCACACUGAUAGAGACUCAAGAAACAUUGGCGUUGACCCAGGGGAAAUUACUCGAGGUUGGUCAUGAGAGAGAUUCGUUGCAGAGACAACUCAAUACUGCGCUUCCACAGGAGUUUUCAACGCUUGCAAAAGAGCUCAACAUUUGCAGGGAACAGCUGCUUGAGAAGGAAAAAGAAAUUGCUGAACUGAAAGCAGAAAGGAACAACAUGAGGCUGUUCCUGGAACAUCUGGAGUUCCUUGUCUCCAGGCAUGAACGCUCUCUUGAAACGACUGUGAUGAAGCGGCAGGCGCGGUGUCCUGCAGGAGUGUCCACAGAGAUGGAAGUGCUAAAAGCACUGACAUUCUUAUUUGACCACCACAAGACCCUGGACGAAGAGGUGCGAGAGCAAUUACGUGUAGCACUGCAAAGGUGCAGCUUGCUGGAAGAGGAACUGGGCGCUACGCACAAGGAGCUAAUGACUCUUAAAAAACAGAAUAAUGAGAAAAAAUCACCAAGAGAUGGAGUGCUUGACCAUGAACAAGAAGAAACACCAAGCACUAAUGGAAAGUUGCUAGCUUGCAGAGAAGAAGAACGAGAUGACAAGACAACGAUAAAAUGUGGAACUUCCCCUCUCUCCUCUCCGAAGUCCCUUCAGCUAGACAGGCUGCACACAGGGGCGUUGCAAAUAGUCAGCCACGAGGACAUCAGGGACAUGCAAAAAUCAAAAAGUGCCCAGGAUGGUCCUGUGAGCAAUCCCAGUAGCAGUGACAGCAGGCAGGACUCGCCCCACAAAGCCCCAAAGAAGAAGGGCAUCAAGUCCUCCAUUGGUCGUUUGUUUGGCAAAAAGGAAAAGGGUCGGCCUGGACAAACUGGCAAAGAAUCACCAGGACAAGAAACCUCAUCUCAGGAUGCGUUCCGACUUAGCAAAUUGGGAGGAAAGGCUGAAAAAAAUCAAAAAUUUCAAAAAAACUCAACAGGCUCCCAGGAAGGUCCUGUGAACAAUCCCAGUACCAGUGACAGCAGGCAGGACGCGCUCCACAAAGCCCCAAAGAAGAAGAGCAUCAAGUCCUCCACUGGUCGUUUGUUUGGCAAAAAGAAAAAGGGUCCGCCUGGACAAACUGGCAAAGAAUCACCAAGACAAGGUGGGCCGGUUUUAGGCAGCUGUCCUAACUGCUGGGAUUGGGAGAGGAUGAGCUUUUUCCUAUGUACCUGUCACAGGUGUCCAGUGCCCAUGUGGGGGCUUUUCUUCUCUUUUGUAGCCGUUGUUUCUGAAACGGAAAACUCAUCUCAGGAUGCCUUCCAACUUAGCAAAUUGGGAGGAAAGGAUGAAAAAAAUCAUCAACUUCAAAAAAAGCCUGAGUUGCUGGAGGAAGCCCAGAGGCAAGGCUUACCAUUUUCACAGUGGGACGGGCCAACCGUGGUUGAAUGGCUGGAGCUCUGGGUUGGGAUGCCUGCUUGCUAUGUGGCUGCCUGCAGAGCAAAUGUGAAAAGUGGGGCCAUCAUGUCAGCUCUGUCAGACAGACAGAUCCAGCAAGAGAUUGGCAUCAGCCACCCUCUGCACAGACUGAAGCUGCGGCUGGCCAUCCAGGAAACCCUGUGGCUCACCAGCCCUUCGGCUCCACCCACAUUGAAAAAGACCACAGGAAAUGUCUGGUUAACACAUGAAGAGAUGGAAACACUCGCAGCCACAUCUCAGAUGGAAGAUGAGGAGGGAAGCUGGAUUCAGACACUUGCAUAUGGGGACAUGGACCACGAGUGGAUUGGCAAUGAGUGGCUGCCCAGCCUGGGCCUACCUCAGUACCGAAGCUAUUUCAUGGAGUGCCUUGUGGAUGCUCGGAUGCUGGACCACCUGACCAGGAAAGACCUGCGGGGGCGGCUGAAAAUGGUUGACAGUUUUCACAGGAACAGCUUCCAGUGUGGACUUAUGUGCCUGAAAAGGUUAAAUUAUGAUCGGAAAGAACUGGAAAGAAGAAGAGAAGAAAGUCAGCAUGUAGUUAAAGAUGUGCUUGUUUGGAGCAAUGAUCGAGUGAUUCGCUGGGUCAUAUCCAUUGGCCUUAAAGAAUAUGCAAACAACCUCAUAGAGAGUGGGGUUCAUGGCGCACAGCUGGCCUUAGAUGAAGCCUUCGAUUACAACACAUUGGCCCUGUUGUUACAGAUCCCGACAGAGAACAGAAAGGCUCGAAAUGUCUUGGACAAAGAAUUUGCCGACCUUUUGGUCCUUGGGACUGUCAGACGUUUUGAUGUUGAGCAUGACAAACACUUUAGGAGAGCACCUUCAUGGAGAGAGAAGGUUAGAGAAAAGGCCAUUCAUGGCGUGGCAACUGGGUCAUCAGAGACACUCCCUGCAAACUUCCGAGUCUCUUCUUCCAAGUCUUCCCACUCUGUGCAGCCCAAUGAGAUCCAGAUGGAUGUGUUAUCUUUCCAUAUACUUACCUUGUGCCACCUGAAGAGGGACAGGGAAGAAGGCAGAAGCCUUGUGGAGACCGCUAGGGCAGCCCUGCUGCCUUCUCAGUGAGAGAUGGCAAGGCAUUGACCUUUCCAGUGCAGUCGGGAUGGCCCUUAUGUAACUGCUGACUGAAGAGUGCAGUUGGCUGAGAGGAGACCUUGAGUCCCUGACAGUCCUGCCCACCUAGUAAAAGGCACUGAUAGGGUCCUGAGAGAGCCCACAUCCACAUCCAGCUCUUGUGGUAGCAGGGACAUGACCUUGAGCAAGUCAUGCAGCUGUGCUGUGCCUCAGUUUCCAUAUCUGUAACUUGGGCAUCAUAGUAAUGUGAUUUUGAUGCUUCAAUGUGUCAUGUGGGUGAAGCUGAUGGAGUCCUGAGCCUCGUGCAUUGCUGACAAUCUCAGUGUUAGGUGGAGACUUCAUUCCUUCUCAUUCCUGAUGUACAUGGUUGUGCUGUAUAAACUGUACCAGUGGGGUUGUUACAAGUUUCCUGUUGUUAGCCCCCUGUGUAGGUAGUUUUCCUUUUUUCUCUUUCUUGCCUGUAUGAAAAUCAGAGAAAAAUACAUUUAUAUAAACUUUUUAAAGCUGAACACUUUCCAGUGUGUCUUUUAACUAGUAAGUUCUUAAGAAUUAACACUUUCUCCCUCAAGGUGUCUUACAAAUGUUGGCAAGGCAUGGAAGUGCAUGCCUGUAAUUCCAGUACUUGGGAGGCUCAGGCAGGAAAAUCAUGAAUCUGAGAUGUAUGUGAAUCAUAAAUCCAGGUUAAGGCUAUACUGAGCUUCAUAGGAAGACCUUGUAUCAUAAAUAAAAUAGAUAAGUAAGUAAGCUGUGACGGGCCUUGAGCUUAAUUUCCAUUGGCUUACUAAAUAGUCUAAAUGAGUACUCUGUUGUUUUCCCUGUACCUUCAAUUUCUGUUUCACUAUAAGAAUCACAUUUUCUCUCUGAACAUUGCAAGCAAUAUUAACAUAGCUGGGUGUGGAGAUCACCUGUAAUCCCGGCACUGGGGAAGCUAAGGCAGGAAGGUUGCUGAGAGCUCAGUACCAGCCUCGAAUUCACAGGGAUUGUAGGGCCAGUGUGAACUACACAGGGAGACCUUGUUUCAACAAAACAAAACAAAAAUAAAGGGUAGUAUUAAUGA